AUCAAAUCCAAACUUUACAAGCAUACAACGACUUUCAUUGUAUUGUAUGCUCAUGCUACAUUAAAUUUUGGGAUCCCCUCAAUGCGACGAAGCGAAAGAUGGGUAUCGAAAUUUUCGCACGAUAAGAGCAUGGAACAACCCUUUCGAUCUCCAUAUCCACCAUGUCAUUCACAACUAUCAUUGACGCGAUCUUCGCAUCUCCCAAAGCCGUUUUCGGUUCAGCAAUAGCCCUUCGAGCAGUCUUACUUGUUUAUGGUCUUUUGCAAGACGCAUAUUCCCCCGUCAAAUACACCGAUAUCGACUACUUUGUCUUCACCGAUGCUGCACGAUUCGUCUACCAGGGCCGGUCCCCAUACCUUAGGGAUACGUAUCGAUACACGCCGUUGCUAGCAUGGAUAUUAAUACCCACUGCUUGGGACGGGUGGUUCUCAUUUGGGAAGGUCUUGUUCGCCCUCGCUGAUCUUCUUGCGGGAUAUUUGAUGGUUGUCAUCUUGUCAACGACGUAUCGCAUGCCCCAGGCAAGAGCGUUAAAAUUCGCAAGCAUAUGGCUACUAAACCCCAUGGUUGCCACGAUCAGUACCAGAGGUAGCUCAGAAGGGCUUUUGGGUGUCGUCGUUACUGCACUAUUGUACGCAAUUUUGCAAAGAAAUGUCGUGUUAGCCGGCCUGCUGCUUGGCUUUGGGGUGCAUUUCAAGAUUUACCCGUUUAUAUACACGCUGCCCUUUCUACUCUGGCUUCGAUCUCCGGAUGGGACUCGUAGGAAGGCAAAAGGAGGUUCGAAAGCCUCUCUGAAAGAUCAGUUAUUGCGAUUCCUGAAUCGAGACUGCACAACGCUGGCCAUUUUCAGUUUCGUCUCAUUCAUGUCUUGCAAUGUUCUCAUGUUUUAUAUAUAUGGAUUCCCUUUUCUCAAGCAUAGCUUUCUACACCACUUAACCCGAAUCGACCACAGGCAUAACUUCUCCCCUUAUAACACAUUAUUGCAUCUCAAUGCUUCCCCAGCAAAAUCGACCUCGUUUCAUCUAGAGUCUCUUGCAUUUGUUCCCCAGAUACUGCUGUCAGCAGUUGCCAUACCUUUUGCCUUGACUGCAAACGACCUGGCAUCGACGAUGUUGGCUCAAACAUUUGCAUUUGUGACCUUCAACAAGGUCUGCACAAGCCAGUAUUUCCUCUGGUAUAUCAACUUCCUUCCCUUCUACCUGCCGAGCUCUUCUCUGCUAAAGCAGACACGACUGGGUGUCGUAGCUGGAAUUCUAUGGAUCCUAGGUCAGGCUAUCUGGCUCCAGCAGGGGUUUCAAUUGGAAUUUAUGGGACAGUCGACGUUUGUCCCUGGCCUCUGGAUGGCUACGCUGGUGUUUUUCUUCAUCAACAUCUGGAUUUUGGGCAUCAUGAUCCGAGACAUCGGCACGCAAUCGAAUGCGCAAAGUAGCCCUGACAAGAAGGAGAGGUAGUGGACUAGCCGAUCAGCCGAAAAUCUCUAUAAUUCGUAGGGCCUGUCUUUUGUGAUUCCAGAUUCGCGUGUUUAACGGAACCAUUGUAGCCGGUGACUGUGCAGGUCUAUAGUCUAUGUACCUCGGUCUUGCUCCUGAUGCCAUCGAAUAUACAUGUAUUGUC